AUGGCGAUUAACAACCUAACCAUUAUCCUUAUAUUCAUUGCUACUUCAGCUUCUGCUAAACAAUUCAUUGUUGGAGACGACAAUGGCUGGUCUCUCAACUUCGAUUACCAAUCUUGGGCCGAAAGCACGAAAUUCGUCAUCGGAGACCAAAUCGUUUUCAAGUACCCAAUCGGGAAACAUAACGUCUUCGAAGUCGAUGAAACUGGUUUCCAACGAUGUGUUGUGCCAUUGGGCGCCAAAUCGUUGGCGACCGGAUACGAUGUGGUAAAUCUUACAACCCCGGGAAGGAAAUGGUACAUUUCUGGUAUCAGAAAGCAGUGUGAAACGGGCGGUAUGAAGCUUGUGAUCGACGUGUCGCCUCAACCAACCCAAGCACCGACAACUGCACCCGUACUCGUACCUUCCUAUGCGCCGGUGGGCAAGACAUACAUGGUUGGAGAUGAUCGCGGUUGGACUUUGAACUACGAUUAUAAAGCUUGGGCGAAAGGAAAAAAGUUUGUCAUAGGAGACGUCCUCGUUUUUAAAUACACGAUCCGGCAACAUAACGUAUUCCUGGUCGAGGGACCAGCCUUCCAACAAUGUACUAUUCCGGAUCCUAGACAAGCUCUAACCAGCGGACGCGAUUCGAUUAUCUUGACGACCCCAGGGAAAAGAUGGUAUAUUUGUGGAAUCGCAAAUCAUUGUAAACAAAAUAUGAAGCUUGAGAUCGAGGUAUCACCUCGAUAG